AUGAAAACCGUCAUUGCAGUUCUUUUGAUCGCCUGUGUCAUCUCAGUUAUCCAAUCUCAGGUAAAUCCUGACGAAUCUAAGGAAGGUACUGACAAAUCGUCAGAAGCUUUGGAAGAUUUGGGUUUGAGUGGACCUGGAGCUGCAAUGAUAGCUAAACGGGAAGCUUGCAAUCGUGAUGAUGAUGAAGACGAUGAUGAAAGGAGAAGAAAAUAA